UAAGUGAGCGCUUCCAUUUUUAGUGAGACGAACCUUGGGUUGAAUGCAGUCGGAGUCGGUUCUUGGCAUUCUCGCAGUCGUUGGCAGCUGGCAGGGGAAGUGGACAAGGUUACGUAUCACGAUACAGGCAACAUCACGGAGCUCCAGGCCAGAGCUGUCUCCAAACCAAGCAACGACACUCUCAAAAUGGAGCAACCACAGGCCACGCCUGGGUCUUUGACCUGGCGCUUGAGCUCACAUCCGAUUACCCUUCUCACAUUUUUGGGUUUUCGAAUUUCUAGUCUCCUCGUCUACCUCUUCGGUCUACUCUUUACCGACAACCUUGUCAUGAUCUUCAUCAUCACCAUCCUCCUCCUCGCCGCCGACUUCUACUACCUCAAGAACAUUGUCGGCCGCCGGCUGGUCGGACUGCGCUGGUGGAACGAGGUGGACGCGUCGACGGGCGACUCGCACUGGGUGUUUGAGAGCAGCGAGCCCGGCACCAAGAUCAUCAACCCCACCGACAGCCGCUUCUUCUGGAUCGCCAUCUACACGCAGCCCGUCUUUUGGGUCCUGCUCGCGCUCGUGGCCGUGUUGACGUUCAAGUUCAUCUGGCUGCCGCUUGUUGCUAUUGCGCUCGUCUUGACCAUCACCAACACCCUUGCCUUCUCGCGGUGCGACAAGUUCAGCCAGGCGUCGAAUUUGGCGGGCAGCGCCUUUAGCGGCGGCAACUUGGCGGGGAGCAUUGCGAGCAACAUGGUCGGGAGGUUCUUUACAAGGUGAUCGCAUACGCGCCGCCGAGAUACACAUGCCGAUUGAGGCUGUGAGGUUGCUUUGAUGGUUGGCCGGACCCACAUCUGGAAAGUAUGGAAGGGGUGGUGUGGUACGGCAGCUACGAAACUCGAGUUCGUGAAUGGAGUUUAUACUAGGGCGUGGCUAAGAGUGAUUCAUUGUAUGAUUACGAGCGCUGCGGAUUGGCGUUUAGGAAAGGGGCUGGAGUUGCCAGGCACGUUUCACCCCCAUAAAGUGGUCGCCAUAUAUUUGCUGUUCUUCUCCCCCCAAAAUGGCCAACAAUUGGGUACGGCGAUGAGAAACAAUGCGCCGUCCCAGCGGUCCCUUUGUUGUGUAACCCUUAUCUGCGUGAGAAAAGCUGUGGGGCUAUAACUCGGCGUGUACCAC